AUGACGUGUUGACGCGGCCUCUCCCUCCAUCUCGUCGACCCACAGCGGUUGAUUGGUUUUCCUAUAUCUACUCCCUAGUUUCCCCACAACGUGCACCUUUCUCUGCGAAAAGACAGAUCUGCUAAGCUGAGCAAACUAUUGCAAUGGCGAGCUCAGAUGCGCCGUCCGGAUGCGAGUAUCAAGUGUUCCUCAGCUUCAGAGGACCCGAUACUCGCACUGGAUUCACCGACGUCCUCUUUCACAGCUUGACUAGUGCUGGAAUCCGUGUUUUUCGGGACGACGAAGAGCUCCGUGUCGGUGAAAGGAUCGAUGGAUCACUUUGGCGAGCGAUCGACAACUCCAGAAUCUACAUACCCAUCUUCUCUCGGACCUACGCUUCGAGCCAAUGGUGCCUGCGUGAGCUCACACAGAUUGUGGUAAACACCUUUAAAUCGGAAGGUACUAAAGAAAUCCUACCUAUUUUCUUCGACGUGAAUCCAGACGAUGUUAAGCUGAAGACUCCAUUGUAUCGAGAUGCCGUACUCAAUCUGGAGCACGAGAAGAAGUUGAGCCCUGAGCAAGUAAAUGCGUGGAGAGAAGCUCUCAUGGAGGUUGAUGCGAUCAAGGGAUGGGAAGUGAAGAAGUACAAAGGCCACGGCGAAUUGAUCAAUUUGGUGGUUGAGGAAGUCGUGAAAAAGCUAAAGACAAAACAUAGAUCGGUGACGGAACAUUUAGUUGGAAUUGAUGAUCGAGUAGUGGCAGUGAGCAAAUUAUUGGAUGUCAACUCUGGUGGGGUGCGGCUCGUUCAAAUUUAUGGGAUGGGGGGUAUCGGUAAAACGACUCUCGCCAAGGUCGUUUUCAACCAACUCUCUUCUGAUUUUGGAAAGUAUUGUUGUUUCCUUGAAGAUGUUCGAGCGAAGUCAUCAAGAGAUGUUGACUUAAUUGAGUUGCAAAAAAAGUUAUUAUCCGAAAUCGGCCAUCCCGCUGGAACAAGGAGCAUUGAUGAAAUUAAUUAUGGGAUGAAGAGGAUCGAAGAAGUACUUCACAAUAAGAAGGUCCUCCUAGUACUUGAUGAUGUUGAUAACUACGAACAAGUGGAGAAAUUUGUAGGAAAGAGUCCUUUAUAUUCAGGAUCUAGGAUAUUGAUUACAACCAGAAAUAAAGAUGUUUUGCAAAUCCAUAGACCGAAGGAGUAUCAGAUGUUAGAAUAUGAAAUGGAGUUGAUGAGUAGUGAUCAUGCUUUUCAGCUUUUUAGUAAGCAUGCAUUUGACAGAGACUCUCCUUCAGAUGAGUACAAGGAACUAUCCAGGGAAAUCGUAUAUGCUACAGGGAGACUUCCAUUGGCUCUUGAAGUAAUUGGCUCGCUCCUCUACAACAAGAAAAAGCAAGAACAGUGGAAAAAGACAUUGAAGGAGUUAAGAAGAGCACCGCAUGAUGGUGUUUUCGGAAAGUUGAGGAUCAGCUAUGAUGCCUUAAGCUUCGAGCAACAACAAAUUUUUCUCGAUAUCGCAUGCUUUUUCAUUGGCGAGAAUAGGGCGAAUGCAAUUUACAUGUGGGAAGACUGUGAACUUCUCCAAGACGAUGGGGUCGAUGUCCUCCAUAGCAUGUGUUUGAUAAAAAUUGUAGAGAACAAGUUCUGGAUGCACGAUCAACUCAGAGAUUUUGGAAGAGAAAUUGUUCGUAAAGAAAAUCAUAUGAAUCCUGAAAAGCGUAGUAGGUUAUGGAUCCACAAGGACAUCGUUGACACAAUAACCACAAAAAAGAAGAAGAAGAAUGUUCAAACACUGGAUAUUGAUCUGCGCAGAAGUCGUGUUAAGGACAUUAAGAGUGAAGAGAUUGGAAGGUUUGAAAAUCUAAGGUGCCUCAAAUUAAAUGGGGGAACCUUUGUUGGUAACUUAGCGGUUUGUCUUACCAAAUUAAGAUGGAUUUUUUGGAGUCAUCCUCCUCGAAUGUCUAACUCAACCAAUGUGCACUUCAAGAAUGUGGUCGUUCUUCGAAUUUCUUAUCAUGACUUCAUGGAUGAUUCCAAGCUACAAAGCUUAAUCGAGACGGCAAUAAAACUGAAGGUUCUUUCCGUUGAAAGUUGUCCCAGAAUAACCAAAACACCAAAAUUCUCUGGAUAUCUUAACUUGGAGAGGCUUACUUUCACCAACUGUUCCAAUCUGAGGAGAAUUGACGAUUCUAUUGGGAAGUUGAAGUGUUUGAUUAAACUAAAGAUUGACAUGUGCAAUCAUCUUGAAGAUUUGCCCGAAGAACUAGGAGACCUAGUGAAUCUGGAGCACUUUUUCGUAAAGGGUUUAGAGGUAAAGAAACUUCCGGAUUCCAUAUGGAAGUUGAAAUCAUUACGUAAGUUGCGCUUUUUUGGCAUUAAAAAUUUUUAUUUAACAAGUUUCUGGGAGUUACCUAGUGCUAUCAGAAUGCUUCAGAACCUGGAAGUGCUUAUAAUCAAUACUAGUAAUUUAGGAGGUCAACUUCCUUCUGAAAUCGGAAGUUUGCCCUCUCUAAAAAUCCUCGACCUAUCGUUUACUAGUGUCAGUGGAGUUCCAAAGACCGUUGGCAUGCUUCCUCGCCUGCAAAGAUUGGAGUUGAGGCUAUGUAAUGAGAUUCAGGAGUUGCCAGCGCUCCCAACAAGUUUAACCCAUCUACUAGCAUCAUCUAUAUCGUUGCGGGUGGUCCCGGAUCUCUCAAACUUGGCUAAUUUGGUUGAGUUGAAUCUAAAUGAAGAAGGAGGAAGAGGAUGUUGCACCGGUGAGUUACGGGGGUUUGGAAGAUUAUCCAAACUGACAAAAUUGAGCUUAGGACUUUGCAAUGUCCCUGCUACCGAGCUGGCUUCCCUUCAUCUGCUAAAGGAACUUCAUUUGUUUGGGCUGGACCAGGAAACCUUUCCGCAACUUCCCUUGUCUCUUCAAAAGCUAAGCCUUAACAACUUCAAUUCAGCUGCGUCAAUCUUUCCGAACCUGAGAGAUUUGUUAUCCUUAGAGCUGUAUAAUUGUCCUAUGCAAGAAUUUCAGCUCGAUGGGCUUCAACUUCCACAUCUCAGGGAUUUCACGGUGCAAUGCUGCGGACGCCUCAAGAGAUUCAGGCUAUCAAACAUGACGAAGCUGACAUGUUUUGCGGUGAGGGCUUGUCCAAAGCUGGCAGAGAUCCAAUUUUCUUGGCCAUUCGAGUUACUGGAGCAUCUGUGUCUUUCAGGGUGUGAGUCUUUGGAAAGGCUGGUUUAUGUUGGGGAAGCAGCGGAUGAUGACGACGAGUCUGUUAAGGAGAUGAUUACUUGUGAAGGGAGACUAGUCCUCGCAUCGGAAGCCUUGAGAAAGUUGCGAGUUUUCGAGCUGGCAGCUUGCCAUAAGAUUCUCGAGAUUCACGUUGUGGGUACGUCGGAAUCAUGGGAAGUCUUCCACGUUUGGAAUCAUCCUCUGCUGCAAGGCAUUCGGGGUUUACCAAACUUGAAGAACCUGCGUUCUUUAUCAGCUCACUUCUGUGCGGGCCUAGAGGUUGUCGAGGGGCUCGACGAGCUGGAGUUUUUGAACCUGUUAAGUGUUAGAGGUUGCCAAUCUUUGGAAAGGUUGAUCGACAAAUCAACCACCAGAUUGCCAAAUGAUUGCCACUUAGAUAUCUCAGGUUGCGAAAAAUUACGCGAGGCUAGGAGAGGAUUCGAGGGCUCCGUAACGUAUUUCAAGCAUCAUAAGGAGCAGCAACAGGAAUUAAAGCCGAGUAGGGGAGUGUCGCUCCAACCGGUUCAGGAGCAGGAACAGGAACUGGAAAGUCACUUACAUCAGGAACAAGAACGGGAACAGGAAUUAGAGCCGAGUGGGAGAGUGACGUCCCAACCGGAACAGGAACAAGAACAGGAAAGCCACUUACAUGAGGAACAGGAACGAGAAGAGGAACAGGAAAGCCACUUGAAACAGGAACAGCAACAAGAAAGUCACUCCAAACAGGAACAGGAACAGGAACUAAAGCAGAGGAGAAGGCCGGGGGGAGUGUCGUUCAAAUGCCCGAGCUUCACCAGUUCGAGCCUCUGCUGCUUCCAUGAUGGGAACCGGAGAGGCCCCUCCUUCAAAGAAGUCAGAGGACGCUCGCCAUCAAGUCACAAGGAAGAUGGCUGAAAGCAGAGGUAGAGAUUACGGAAACACUCGAAAAUGCAAUGGAGGGCAUUCGUUUCUUUAAUUCGUCUUUGCCUUUAGGCUCGGGCUUUGGGCUCCCAACCAAUAUGUCACUUAAAUGAAUGUGGACUUUCUUCAAUUGUCCAACAAUGGCUUCAUAGAGGAUUGGAAACUACAGAGCUUAAUCAAGGCAUCCAUGCUUUUUUCUCUUCUA